AUGGGUUUGAAGAAGAAGGGAGAAAUUCUUCACAUCCCAGACAAAAUUCCAUUGAAACCCAAUGAGCAACCAACCAUUGAUGUAUUUGCUUCAGUUAUAGAGCCAAAACUUACCAAUACCCUUGUAAAGAAGUUGAGUAAAAUUGCACCCAUGGAGAAUUACAGACACAUUAAGAGAGUUUGGAAGAAGAAAUAUGUGGGAGAAGGAGGAGGAGGAGGGGAUAAUUUUCCGUUGAUACUGAUUUUAUGCAUUGCUGCUGAGAAUGGUGGGAAUGAGUUGCUGCCAGAUGAUGUUGCCGAGUUGGUAAAUGCACACCAGUUGAGUCCUUUUAUUGCAAAAGUUCACAAGUACGCCGCAAUAUCAAGAGAAGAAUGGAUUGAACAGUGCAAACUUUGGCCAACAUCUUAUCAUCCACCAACUUACAAUAUUGAGGGCAUUACAGGGUUCAGUGAAAAGGAUUCAAAAUCAGUAUUCCAGUUUAUGAAGAUGGCUCUGGAGAUGACGGAAGUGGGUGGUGCGGGAGUUGUCAAUGCAGCGGUUAUAGUAGAUCCUUCAAUUAAGCAGGUGAUUGCUACUGCAAAUGAUCAAACAUGUCGGGCAAUUAGUGCAUCCACAGUGGAUGCUGGAGUUUCUUGUUUGUAUCCAUGGAAUUGGACUGAGCAAGACACUGCUGCUGCAGGAAACAUAGAUUGCUCUUGGCAUCCGUUGCGACACGCAGCUCUUGUUGCCAUUGAACAGGCAUCCUCCAGGGAUAAGAAGCUAUAUCCUGCUGGAUUGGAGGGUUUUGAAGAUCAGUCUAUUGAUCAAGUGGAUGGUACAAUGCCGAAAAGACAGAAAGUUGAUUCUGUGAAAGAUGAGAAGGUUUUGAAAGCAGCUUGCUCUAAUGGUGGUUCUUCUGAAAGGGGUGAACGGCCUUAUUUGUGCACUGGUUAUGACAUUUUUGUCGCUUGGGAGCCUUGUACAAUGUGUGCAAUGGCACUUGUUCAUCAGAGAAUUCGGCGCAUAUUUUAUGCUUUUCCCAAUCCUAAUUGCGGUGCACUAGGCAGUUACAGACUACUAGGAGAGAAAAGCUUGAAUCAUCACUAUGCUGUUUUUAGAGUUCUAUUACCCAAGGAGGAAUCCUCGGAUUCUAAAAUUGUAACAAAUUUUAAGAUACAGUAUUAACAAUGAAUGAUGGAAAAGCCGGAGUUUCUCGGUUUUCCCACAACACUAGCUAGUUGCUUUUUUACUUGUUGUUUCUGCAACAACAAAACUGCGUGGUCGUGUCUCUUAUAGAGAAGAGACACAUUUGUCAUCCAGCACUUCCUGCAAAU